AUGCGCACAGUGCUGACAGGAAGCAGCAGUUACGGGUCUGGCGGAUUAUGUGGACAGAUAGAUAACCACCGAGAAGCAGCUGCUUUGGAACAAUCAAAUUAGGGGUUAUAUCCUCCCGUACAGAUGGAAGUCAUUAUAAAAUGAAAACCCGACCUUUCACUGGAAAACUGGUGUGAACAGAUUUAAUAGUUUAUCAUAUAAAAGAAGCUGACAACAUGAUGUCAGAAUGCGAACUAACAGAGACAGAGAGCAGCCUUCCCGUGCUGCUGGACACCGGAGCGACAGCGGUGCCUGAGCCGGAGUCUGAUUUUCGCCCCACGGGCCCCUCAAAUGUACCAUUUGAUAAAAACCGACUGGGACUGGGGCUUGUGGUGAACCCGGGCGUGGCCGUUCGCAUUUCGGACUCUCGUGAAAGCGUCUUGACCGAGCUAGAGACCGACGGCUCCGGCGAAGACGCGCUGCUGUUGCCGUGCUUAACAGGAAGCUCGGCGUCUCCGAGAGGAGCCCGAGACAAGCGGAGCAGGCGGAACAGGCACAGCUCAUCGGACACGCUGGCGUCCCCAGGUGCACACGGUGGCGACUUCAACCAUUUUCCCGAAGAUCCCGAGUUUGCAGACUUUAUCCAAAGGGCGGAACAGGCCAUCGAGUGUGGCGUUUUUCCAGAAAGGAUUUCCCAGGGAUCCAGCGGGAGCUACUUUGUCAAAGACCCAAAAGGGAAAAUCAUCGGUGUUUUCAAACCAAAGUCAGAAGAACCCUACGGUCACUUAAACCCAAAAUGGACCAAAUACUUUCACAAGCUGUGCUGUCCGUGUUGCUUUGGCCGAGGUUGCUUGUUGCCCAAUCAGGGUUACCUCUCGGAGGCGGCAGCAUCACUGGUCGAUACUAAGCUGGGCCUCGGAGUGGUGCCGAAAACCAAGGUGGUGUAUUUGGCAAGUGAGACAUUCCACUACAACGCUAUCGACAGAGCAAAGUCCAGAGGGAAGAAGUAUGCCUUAGAGAAAGUCCCAAAGGUGGGGCGGCGUUUCCACAGAGUGGGCCUGCCUCCGAAGGUGGGCUCGUUUCAGCUGUUUGUGGAGGGUUACCGCGAGGCCGACCACUGGCUGCGGUGCUUUGAGGCCGAACCUCUGCCAGAGAACAUCAGGAAGCAGCUGCAGUCCCAGUUUGAGCGGUUGGUCGUGUUGGAUUACGUGAUCAGAAACACGGAUCGAGGAAAUGACAACUGGUUGAUCAAGUAUGAGAAGCCAGGGGAAGGAGACGAAAGGCAGAAGGCGGCCGAGUGGUCCGAAAACAGUUCCGACUCGUGCAUAAAGAUCGCAGCCAUCGACAACGGCCUGGCCUUCCCCUUCAAACACCCUGAUGAGUGGAGAGCCUACCCCUUCCACUGGGCGUGGCUCCCUCAGGCUAAGGUGCCGUUCUCCGAGGAGACCAGGGAGCUGGUGCUGUCCCGUCUCUCCGACAUGAACUUCGUCCAGGACCUCUGCGAGGACCUCCACGAAAUGUUCAAGACGGAUAAAGGUUUUGACAAAACCAUGUUUGAGAGACAGAUGUCUGUAAUGAGAGGACAGGUGCUGAACCUGACUCAGGCGCUGAAGGACGGGAAGAGUCCCAUCCAGCUGGUCCAGAUGCCGCGGGUGGUGGUGGAGCGCAGCCGGUCGGGCGGCCAGGGGCGAGUGGUCACACUGGGGAACGCGUUCACGCAGACCUUCCACUGCAAGAGGCCCUUCUUCACUUCCUGGUAGUCUGAUUGGGCCGGAGGGAGGAACGCCAAGCGUCCGGAAAGCUUGUUUUUGUCUGUUUGUUGCAAGAGGCAGUCCUUUAGCAUGCAAGGGAAGAUAAAACAUCACAGCGAAAAUGAUGCACAGCUGUCUGCAGGGCAACGAGGAGGACGACGUCAAAUAGGAGUAAAAUUAAGGGAAAUGAAGUGGUUUUGUGAGGAAAGUGGAAGCUGCAGAAGCUAGCGUACCGCAGGCUCCACGUAGUAAGGCGCUUGGGCUGUUUCUGGUUACCAUGGUGACUUAAUUUAUUAAUCAGCUGUUCCUCACAGCUGGGUUUAGUUUCUUUAUCCUCAGAGUUCCCGCUGAAGUUUCAUGCGAGCUCCUUUAGCGGUUUAUCGCUAAAGCAGCAGCACUGACGACCAGGCAUGCAGCAUUUCUAAAGGGAGCUGUUCGAUAUCCGCCGGGAUCCGGGAUAAAACCCCACAAGGGCUCUCGUUGCCUUGUGGGAAUCCUCCCGGACCUCUCCGUGUGCACGUGCACACCUGGAAGUGUUUUUGUUCCACACAACAGUGUCUUCUAGUGUCAGUACUGCCAAACGAGGUCGCUGAAGGAAAAGGACUUCGCUGAAACUUGAAUGGGGAGCACGAUGCUUGGGAAUCUCGCGCUGCUUGAAUGUAAUCCUGUUUACGGUUUUUACACGAGUCCCUGCUCCGGAACAUUUCAACGAGGGAACGCUGUCGGAAACGGACUUCUAUAACGGUGAAUGUAUUUGUUGUUUGAUGUAUUUAAAUGCUGGCAGCCUUCUCUUGAACCGUCUGGCACACAAACUCCUCCUUUUAUAUCAAACAUUCCACGGAGAGGAAAAAACUCAACUUGUGAUGAUAAUUCGCUCUUUGCCCGACGCCGUUGUUUUCUUAUAUAAGGAUCUUGACAUUUUUAUUCCCGUUCAAUGAUUGUGUAACAGAAGUUGUAUAUUUAACACAUAAAAAUAAUAAAAUUUGAGAAAUUUGA